UGAAGUAGAAUUUAUUUACGAAAGUGGAUGCUGUUGUGCAGCAAUAGUUUUCAACUAACACACAUACCAUCCAUAAAUACAUACAUUUGUGUAUGUGUAAUUUAUUUUCAGUCUGUGGUGUGUGGUGCAGAGUGUAAAUGUAAUGGAGAAAGAGUGAUGAACAAGAGUAAAGAGAUAUAAUAGAAGAUGGGAGUAGAGAGAAAGAGCAUCAGCUUCUGUUAAGGUUUAGCCGCAGUAGCGGUGGCUGGAAUUAUGCGGGGGAUAAAAGAGGAAAUAGUAGUAGUAGUAGUUGUAGUAGUAGGGUUUUGAAGUAAGGGAAGAAAUGGGGUCGCGCAGGCGUAAGUUACGGACGCCGGUGUUGUACGAGACAGGGUGAAAAUGCACCCUUGCAUGGGAGUGUCAUCGGGCGCUCGUAAUUGUCAUAAAAACGUAAAUAUGCAGCCUAGAAAUGGUAUUUGUGACAAAAUUGAAAACUACAUAUCGGAGUUAAGUCAGUGGUCAGUAUGGAGGACAAUAAUACUCGGACAAUUUUUGUCAAUAGUCCUUUACUGGAUGACUCAAUUAAAUCAUCACAUCAACACCGUGUCAUUACCAAAACUCAGUAUUCCAACAGGUCAAAAUCUUCCGCAUUAUGUAAUGUUGUGUCUGGUGUACACGACGUGGAUGUCCUGCCGAGGAGCUGGUAAUGGUUUAAUUUCUGUAUUAAGAGCCCGAGGAUGGAGGUAUUUAUUGCUUGCAUUUAUUGACGUCGAGGCUAAUACUCUCAUAACUUCUUCUCACCAAUUCACCAGUUUGGCAAGUAUCCAGUUACUCGACUGCGUAGCAAUUCCGGUGGCUCUGGCACUCUCAUGUCUGGUUUUGGGGGUUCGAUAUCGAAUUGUUCAUAUUGUCGGUAUUUCCGUUUGUUUAAUGGGAGUUGGGUGUCUCGUUUGGGCUGGUAUUGAUGACAAUAAAGACAUCGGAAUUAAUGGCAAAAAUCAACUAGUCGGCGAUAUGCUGUGUCUUGGAGGUGCUGUACUAUUCUCAGUAACAACUGUCCUUCAAGAAUUAGCCGUUAAGACAGUAGAUAUUAUCGAGUACUUGGGAAUGAUUGGAUUCUUUGGAACUAUUCUGAGCUGUAUUCAAAUUGCUGUGUUAGAAAGACUGCAAAUAGAAUCGGCGUCUUGGAGUACUGCAACACCGGUUGUAAUAACCGCGUUAAUAUUUUACUGUAUAACUCAGUUUGUAUUUUUUUCACUUGUUCCGGUUAUUUUAUUCGAAUCUGGAGCUACUGCGUUACAAUUAUUCCUCCUUACUGCCGAUUUCUUUAAUGUACUUUUGGGAAUGCUUACACAUCAAUACAAGUUCCAUACGUUAUAUUUUCUCUCAUACACACUGACAAUGACCGGGAUAUUUAUUUACGCAAUAAAAAGGACACCUAUGUCAUCAAAUUCACGCAGACAGCAACAAUUAGAAACACCGGCGCCGGAUUAUAGUGACGUGAUUUUAAGACGCAUGUCGCACCCGGAUGGUGGAGAAGUAGAAAUGGCCACAAGCUCAGGUAUGUCAGCGGUUAGUGGCCCUUUGGACGGAAUUGAUGUCAAAGUACCGUCAAUUAUUGAAAGUGAACGAGAAACAAUGGAUGCUGGCAGUUUGCCUAUAAGUGUAAGCUCCGAUACGGCCUUUACGUCUUUUUACGGAAGCCAGUCUAACUUAUAAUUUUAUAUAAAUAAGUUUUUAUUUUAUUUAUAUUAAAUAUUGCAUUACUCAUUGUCUCAUUACUUCACCAAAAUACAUAAGUCAUGAUACUCAACUUCAUUAACAAUAAUAUUAAUAUUUAUCACUCAUAAUUCAUAAUUAAUUAAUUAUCGUAACAAUAAUUAGUUAAAAAAAAAUAAUGAAAAUAAAAUAAUAUAAUAUAUCAAUCAAAAUAAAUAAAAUGAGAUCAAACAAUUUUAAUAAUUAGAGCGUUCAUAAUGAAUGUAUUGACAAUUAUCUUAAGGGAACACAAUUUAAAAAGGAAUUAUUGUUAGUCUAUUAUUAAUUAUUAUUUUCAGUAGUUAUUUACGAACUCUAAUACCGUUCGUUCAUUUAAAUUAUUAUUAUUAGUAUUAUUAAAUAGAGUAGUUAAGUAAUAAUGUAAUGAUUAAAUUAAUGAUAAUAAUUAUUCUUCCGAAAUGAUUUGACGUUUAAAUAUUGAACGUUUAAUCGUGAUUGAUACGUAAACGAAUGAAGGGGUAUUACUAUACAUAGAAAAUUAAUUAGAAAUUUAAAAUAGAUUAUGUAAUAAUUAAUAAUUAGUAUUGGUAAUCUUAUUAACCCAUUUGAUGACACUUUUUAUAAAAAAAAAAAAAUAAAAAACUUUCGGAGAUCUUUAAAGAUUUAAUAAUACGACCAUUUAUUAAUGUUAGUAUGCAUAAGCUUGUAGUGA